AUGGAGCCUAUGGGAGCUAUCUCUAGUGAGGGAGAAUGGGGGUCUCUUAGUGGCAUGUAUACUGCUGAGGAGGCUGACUUCAUGGCUCAGCUUCUUAAUAAUAAUGCUUUGUUACCCAAUGAGCUAAUUGGGGAUUCAAGCUUGGGAGUCCCUUCUACUUUUUGGCCUGGCCAUGAAUCAAGUAUGAAUGUUGAAGGGCUCAGUGAAAGUCCUUACUGUACUUUGUAUAUGGCUAAUUCCAAUUUGUGCAGUUUUUCAAAUGGGAGUAGUUACAACAAUACUGGUGGUUUAAGGCAACAAAGCUACUACUUGAGUGAUUCUCAUCCAGUUCUGGCGUCCAAUGACAGCUCCAUGUCCAUGGAUUUUGGCAUGAUGGGAGUGAAAAACACCGGUUCCUUUCUCAUUGAAGGUGAUGACUGCUUGAACCAAGAAAAGAGUGAUGGCAAUGCAGAAGAAUAUGCAGGCAAUUAUAAGCCUGCAGCUGUUCUUCCUCAGAAUGGUUCACUGCACAGAAAGGAACCUCAAGAAAUGCCACUACCAGAAUCAAUCCCGGAAGGCAAGUAUAACAACGCACCCGAUAUUAAUUCCAAGAAACGAUCUCGGAUAACUGGUUUCCGUGAGUAUAUAUAA